AUGUACUUGUGUAUGUUCAGGUUCCAUUUUAGAGUAUAUGAAAGACUUCUGGCUAUGACUUUUGCAUUAGAAGAAAUUCGUAAAGACCUAGAACUGCUGCCAAAUGUAACCCUUGGAUAUGUGAUUUAUGAUUCCUGUACAACUGCCUCUGCUGCUCUUGAGGGUAUAAUGAGAUUAAUUACUGGGCAGGGAAAGACAGUUCCAAAUUAUCAGUGCCGUAGUUUUUCUUCUGCUGUAGCUUUGAUUGGUGAGUCAUAUUCUUCUACAUCAAUUCCCAUGGCUAGGCUACUGGGACUCUACAAAUUUCCCCAGAUAAGUUAUGCAGCAACUGUUACAUCGCUGAGUGAUAAAAAUCAGUUUCCAUCUUUUCUGAGAACAAUUCCAGUCGAUCACUUCCAGUCCAUUUGCAUAGCCCACUUAAUCCAGUAUUUUGGGUGGAAAUGGGUUGGACUUCUGUCUGAUGGCACUGACUAUGGCCUGCAAGGAAGUCCUAAAGUAAAAGAAGAACUUCUCAAAGCUGGAGCUUGUAUUGCUUUUUCUGAAACAAUACCAGCAGUGUACUCUGAGUUAAAAAAUCAGCAUAUAAGUAAAAUCAUUCAGAAAUCUUCUGCUAAUGUGAUAGUGAUAUAUUCAAUUGAUGUUGACCUCUAUCCUGUUAUGGAGUUGAUUGCACAAAACAACGUGAGUGGAAAAGUCUGGGUAGCCAGUGAAGGGUGGGCACAGUCCUAUCUGUUUUCUAAAAAUACAUUUUUGAGAACAUUACAAGGAAUGCUUGGUUUUCUGGUGAGGAAAGGAGACAUAUCAGGUUUCAAGGAAUACAUUUACAGUCUUAAUCCUUAUAUGAAUCCAGAUGAUAUAUUUCUGAAAUUUUUUUGGGAGCUUGUUUUUGAUUGUCAACUGCAGAUUCUGGAUAAAACUAAUAACUUAACCAAAGAACUGAAAACAUGUUCAGGAGAUGAAACACUAGAGGGCAUGAAACUGGAUUUUUUCAAACUCACGGAUUUAAGAAAUACAUAUAAUGUCUAUAAUGCCAUAUAUGCUGUUGCCAAUGCAUUACAUGACAUGAUUUCAUGCAGACAUGGAGAAGGGCCAUUUGGUAAUGGCACAUGUGCAGUAAUAUAUGAUGUUCAGCCAUGGCAGCUUUUUCACUAUAUAAAAAAUACUCACUUUAAGAAUAAAAAUGGUGAGGAAGUAUUCUUUGAUAUAAAUGGUGAUCCUCCAGCAAUUUUCAGCAUAGUAAACUGGCAAGUAACAAUGGAAGGCUCAUUCAAGUAUCAGGAUGUUGGCCGCUUUGAUGUUGUUGCUGCAGAUAAUAAAAAAUUAACUUUGGAUGUGCCUACUAUAGUAUGGAAUGAAGGCCAUGGAAAGAUCCCGCAGUCUUUGUGCAGUGAAAGUUGUUCUCCAGGUUACAGGAAAGUAGCUCAUCCAGGCCAGCCAAUCUGCUGCUUCAGCUGUAUCAUGUGCUCUCAGGGAGAAAUUUCUAAUGAAUCUGACUCUGUUGCAUGUGUGAAGUGCCUUAAAGAUGGUUGGCCCAACAAGAGACAGGACAAGUGCUUCAAGAAAGUAACUGAAUUCCUAUCCUAUAAUGAAACACUUGCUGUAGAGCUAACAGUAGUUUCCACAUUUUUGGAAAUAACCACUACUGCUGUCUUAACAAUUUUUAUAAAGUGGCGUCACACACCUGUUGUCAGAGCCAACAACAGGGAGCUUAGCUAUUUGCUUUUAUUCAGUCUCAUGCUGUGUUUCCUUUGUUCAUUUAUUUUCAUAGGCCACCCUACACAUGUGACAUGUAUGCUUCGUCAAUGUGCAUUUGGCAUCAUUUUUACAUUGUCUAUCUCUUGCAUCUUAGCCAAAACUGUUGUUGUGGUUAUUGCCUUCAAUGCUAGCAAGCCAAACAGCAACCUGCACAAAUACACAGGACCCAGACUACCAAAAAGUGUUGUUAUGUUGUGUAUAUCUGUUCAAAUAGUAAUAUGUGUUUCUUGGUUAAUUGUCUCUCCUCCUUUUCAAGAUGAAAAUGCAACCUCUGUAACAGGCAAGCUCAUUAUAGAGUGUAAUGAAGGCUCACCUGCAGCAUUUUGGUUUAUGCUGUCUUACAUGGGGCUUUUAGCCAUUGUAAGCCUUGUAGUUGCAUUUCUGUCCAGAAAACUCCCAGACAGCUUUAAUGAAGCAAAAUUUAUCACAUUCAGUAUGCUGGUAUUUGUUAGUGUGUGGAUCUCAUUCAUUCCAGCAUAUUUGAGCACACAGGGGAAGUAUAUGGUAGCUGUGGAAAUAUUUGCUAUUAUAUCCUCUGGAGCAGGAUUGCUGCUUUGUAUAUUUACUCUGAAGUGUUACAUUAUACUGUUUAGGCCAGAUAUGAACACCAAAGACUACCUAAUGGGGAAGGGUGCAUUUAAGAGUUGA